AUGGCGCACUCACCACUUCUCUUCAUCCUCGCGGGUGCUGCCUUAUCCUAUAUGCUGUAUACCCGCAUCACACUUUAUCUCACACGUCAACGCUUCAAGAAAGACAAUGGUUGCCAGCCAUGCAAAGGCCGCUUCAACACGGACCCCUUCAUAGGUCUGAAUGUUGUCAAGGCCAUGGCUUACAACAGCAAACACCACAUCGCCAUGCAAGAGGCAGUGAAGCGCUACCAGAGGCUCGGAAACACUUUCCACAGCAGAAUCGUCAACUUGCCUGUCAUUAGCACGUGCGAGCCGGAAAACAUCAAGACUAUCCUGAGCUUGAAAUUCAAGGACUACAACUUUGCGCACAGGCAGCCUUCUUUCGGCCCUCUGCUGGGUCACGGCAUCUUCAAUGCAGACGGCGAACGAUGGGCCAACAGCCGCCAGCUCCUGCGCCCAAACUUUGCCCGAGACCAGGUUGCCGACAUCGAGGCCUUUGAACGCCACUUCAACCUCAUGCUCAAGCAUAUUCCCAGAGACGGCUCGACAGUCGACUUGCAGGAGCUCUUCUUCCACUUGACGCUUGAUACGGCAACCGAAUUCUUGUUCAACCACUCCACCAACUCACUCGACAUGAUUGGCAACGAAAAGGCUGACAAGGAGGACGCCAUCUUUGGUGACGCAUUCAACUUUGCCCUAGCAGAUAUCAAUGUGCGCCUGCGCUAUGGACCCUUUGACCGCUUCAGGAAGAACACCAAGGGAAAAAAGGCUAUUGAGGUUUGCCACACGUACAUUGAGAAGUUUGUCGAAGACGCUCUUCGAUUCAGACAGGAGCUGGAUGCCGAGAAGGCGGCUGGCACGGAAAAGUACUACUUCAUCCAGGAGGUGGCCAAGCAAACGACGGAUAAGAAGAGGAUCCGCGAGGAACUCAUCAACAUUCUGCUUGCUGGACGCGACACAACGGCCAGUUUGUUGAGCAACAUGUUUUUUGAAAUCUCCAAGCAGCCCCAAAUCUACGCCAAGCUCCGGGAGGAAGUCGCUUCGAUGGAGGGACGGACACCAACGUACCAGGAGCUGAGGAACCUGAAGUACGUCAAGUGGUGUCUCAAUGAAUCGCUCCGUCUGCACCCCGUCGUGCCCAUCAACUCACGCAACGCUAGCCGCGACACUGUGCUGCCCAGAGGUGGUGGCCCAGAUGGCCAGGCACCACUUUUUGUUGCCAAGGGCACAGCAGUUACCUACACACCCUACGCCAUGCACCGCCGCAAGGACAUCUACGGACCCGAUGCCGAAGAGUACAAGCCAGAGCGCUGGGAGACGCUCCGCCCGGGGUGGGAGUACCUCCCAUUCAACGGCGGCCCACGCAUCUGUCUCGGCCAGCAGUAUGCACUUACCGAGGCGAGCUACGUUACAGUCCGCAUGGUCCAAGAAUUCCAGACGAUGGAAAGCCGGGAUCCUGAGGGAUGGAAGGAGAAUCUGACGCUGACACUGUGCUCGCUGAAUGGCGUCAAGGUUAGCCUCACGCCAGCCCAAAUGGCGCCUUGA